CAAGUACACAGGAGCUCAGCUCACGCAGGCGCCGGGAGAACUAGCAGUGCCCUGUACACCCACCUCCCUCCCUCCCUCCAUAGUCCACAGACAGACAGGGAGCGUCCAUGGCGGGGACGACCCGGCUGGAGGCCGGCGGCAGCGACGGCGAGUACACGCAGGACGGCACCACAGACCUCCACGGCAACCCCAUCCUCCGCUCAAAGCGAGGAGGCUGGAGAGCCUGCGCCUUCGUCGUAGUGUACGAGGUGUUCGAGCGGAUGGCCUACUACGGCAUCUCGUCCAACCUGGUGCUAUACCUGACGACGGAGCUGCACCAGGGCACGGUGCUCUCCGCCAACAACGUCACCAACUGGGUGGGCACAAUCUGGAUGACGCCCGUCAUCGGCGCCUACAUCGCCGACGCCCACCUCGGCCGCUACCGCACCUUCAUGGUCGCCUCCAUCAUAUACCUCCUCGGAAUGAUCCUGCUGACCAUGGCCGUGUCCCUGCCGUCGCUGAAGCCGGCGAAAUGCGGCCUCGGCACGGCGGACCCCAACUGCGACCACAAGGCCACGAGCGUGCAGCUGGGCGUCUUCUUCCUGGCCCUGUACAUCCUCGCCGUCGGCACGGGCGGCACCAAGCCCAACAUCUCCACCAUCGGCGCCGACCAGUUCGACGAGCACGAGCCGCGGGAGCGCAAGCAGAAGCUCUCCUUCUUCAACUGGUGGAUGUUCAGCAUCUUCUUCGGCACGCUCUUCGCCAACACCGUCCUCGUCUACAUCCAAGACAAGAUCGGCUGGACCGUCGGCUACGCGCUCCCCACCGCCGGCCUCGCCGUCUCCAUCGCCGUCUUCAGCGCCGGGACGCCCUUCUACCGCCACAAGCCGACAUCCGAGAGCUCCUUCGCCAAGAUGGCCGGCGUCAUCGUGGCUGCCGUCCGCAAGUGCCGCGUCCCCGCGCCCGUGGACCCGCGCGACCUGCACGAGCUCGAUCCCAACCAGUACGAGAAAAAGAAGACGUCGCCGCUGCCGCACACGCCUAAUUUCAGGGUGUUGAGCAAAGCGGCUGUGAAGAUCGAGGGGGGUAGGAGCGCGUCACGGUGGUCGUUGAGCACGGUGACCCAGGUGGAGGAGACGAAGCAGAUGCUCAAGAUGCUGCCGGUGCUACUCAUCACGUUCGUCCCGAGCGCGAUGCUGGCGCAGAUCAACACGCUGUUCGUGAAGCAGGGCACGACGCUGGAGCGGCGCCUUCACCACUUCGAGAUCCCGCCGGCCAGCCUGCAGGGGUUCGUGACCAUCUCCAUGCUCGUCUCCGUGGUGCUCUACGACCGCCUCUUCGUGCCCUUCAUGCGGCGGCUGACCAAGAACCCGCGCGGCAUCUCGCUGCUCCAGCGCAUGGGCGUGGGGCUCGUCUUCCACAUCGUGAUCAUGGUGAUCGCGUCGGUGACGGAGCGGCACCGGCUGCGCGUGGCGAUGGAGAACGGCAUAUUCGAGAGCAAGGGCACGACGGUCCCGCUCUCCAUCUUCGUGCUGCUCCCGCAGUUCGUGCUCAUGGGCGUGGCCGACGCCUUCCUGGAGGUGGCCAAGAUCGAGUUCUUCUACGACCAGGCGCCCGAGGGCAUGAAGAGCCUCGGCACCUCCUACUCCAUGACCAGCCUCGGCAUCGGCAACUUCCUCAGCAGCUUCCUGCUGUCGACGGUGUCGCGCGUCACGCGCCGGCACGGGCAGGGAGGGUGGAUCCAGAACAACCUCAACGCCUCCCGGCUGGACCACUACUACGCCUUCUUCGCGGUCCUCAACUGCGCCAACCUCUUUGUCUUCUUCGCCGUGUGCCGGAUGUACGUGUACAACGCCGAGGUCACCCACGUCGUUGAUGGUGGCGGCGGGGAGAAACAGAGGCCGGAAGUGGCGAUGCAGCAACCUGCUACAGUAGGCGCAGUAGAAGUUCAUCCUUGAUGUUCCCUCCAAAACCCUCAUCAAUCGAAUUCAAAGUAUUGUGAAAUAGUAAUGCACGUGCGCUAUUCCUAUGA